CUCAAUUUAUUUAGUUUUAGUUUACCUGAAUUCUCUAUGCUAACACGGACUACUUCCGGCAUCCUAUGCUUCUCUGUACUGACUUUCAACUGGGUUACUAAAAGACCCCAGUGUAUAUGUAUUAUGAGUUUGGCAAUGUUUGGAAAUGUCCCUGAUAAAUCUAAUCACUCGAUGGAGUCUUUAACUUUGAAGCAACUUCAACUCAGUCGCGGAAAACUGAAAGCAUCAGGCCGUGUUUCUGCCCUUUUGGCGGGUUUCGCCAUUGUUGGUAUUAUUGAAAUGGAGGUGCAGUUACGUGAUGUUCCUCAAGGACUUCUGAUUGCAUACACCGUAUUGAUCAGCCUUCUGAUAGCUGUUCAUAUGGUUGCCGUAUUGAUCAGCACGUGUAUCUUACCGCAUUUGGAUUCAUACUUGUUCGGACCCAUUGAGAAUGCCCCACAUUUCCGUCUAAGAACAUUUAUUGAAGUUGCUUGGGUUUGCAGCACCGUCGUGGGAAUCUUAUUGUUUCUUGCUGUCGUUGUUUUGGCCUGUUGGAUCAAAUUCUGGCACCUCAGCUGGUCCGCUGCGCUAGCAAGUACCGUGAUCAUGAUUCCAGCACUGUUCGUUUUGAUCGGAUUUACUGUCAGGUUCUACUAUGCAUUGACAGCACAUAAAGUCCAGUGUGCAAAUGAAAUGAUGGCGCGGCUUGACAAACAUUUGCAUGACCUAGCUGAUUCACGAAUCGCGGGUGACAUUGAGUCGGGGGAAUUUUAUGUUCCCGAAAAUGUUGCGUUGAAAUCAGCCCCAGUACCACUGGAAUCUGUGAAAUCAGCUUGA